UGUGGUCGAUCAGCUGCGGAGGGACUCAGCAACGAGAGAAGGAAAGGGAGGGGGAUCAAUAAGCGCGCCUGUGGGAGCCACUUUACUGUUUCACUGUCUCUGGUGGGCUGUCUGCACGAGGCGAGCCCCCGUUCUUAGAACAUUUUCCGGUCCUCGAGCGCGUGAGGGUGCCGGUACGAAUCCCAUUAGAGCAUCUUGCUCACUGAAAAGUAAAAACCGGAAAUUUGGGUGGAAACCAUGACAACAGCAGAGACCGGAGACUGAGAGCAGAGUCGCAGUCAACAAACUGGCAGUAGACUGGUGAACUCUGAUGUGAGCGAAGGAGCCUUUUUAUUUUUACAAUACCAUUUUUAUUUCAAAGAUCUCGCUUUUUCUCUGUCAAGUAUGAAAUCCUCGAAGAAGAGCGCGGAGCAGAAUAUCCUGAGAGUUCUAUGCGGAGUGAUGGUCAUGGCCUCGAGCGGUCACGGCGCAAGAGUUGUCAGCGGUCAGACGGUGUGUCAGGGAGGGGAGGAGCAUCCAUGCUAUAAGAUCGCCUACUUCCGGGAAAUGACCAGCCGGAUUGCAUUCAGCGAGGCCAGACAGGCGUGUGAGAUGGACGGAGGAUCGUUGCUGAGCGUAGAGAGCGCUGCGGAGCAGAGACACAUAGAACACCUACUACAGGAGCUUCGGACCUCCUCAACAGGAGCAGGGACAGAAACGGGGGUAGGAGCAGGUACCGGUAAUGGAGGAAUAGCAGAUGGUGAUUUCUGGAUCGGGCUGAUGAGGACAGAAGGAGAACACACACAGGAAAACGGCGGCUUCGCCUCCUGUUCUGACCUCUACCUCUGGACCGACGGGAGUGUGUCCCAAUUCAGGAACUGGUAUUUUGACGAGCCGUCGUGCGGAGGGGAGGCGUGUGUUGUGAUGUACCACCAGCCUACAGCGCUCCACGGGCUGGGCGGGGCCUACAUGUACCAGUGGAACGACGACAGGUGCAACAUGAAGCACAACUUCAUCUGCAAGUACGAACCAGGUACGCAGCAUCACACAGAGAGCCGUCUGGGGAAGGAGCAGGGGGACAGGCCUGGAGCUCGUGACCCAGAUGUGGCGGUGGUGCAGGCAGAUGAGGUCAAACAAUCCGGGCCAAGUGAGGACGACGCCCCACACGUAAUCAUAGCUGGAACUUCAGGUGAGAGGUGGAGGUAUGCUGCUGGUUUAUGUAAUCAUCCCCACCAUCCCUCUGCUGCUGCUCAUCCUGGUGGCUUCUGGGACUUGCUGUUUCCAGAUGUUUAGUAAGAGCAAACCACGGACCAAAACCAGUGUUAACCACCAAUCAACGCUCUGGAUCUCCAAGACACCCAAGACAGACAGCAUGGAAGUAUGAAUGGCAGGUUACAUCACAAACAAGAUAAACAGAUUAGGCAGAACUAACUGAAUGAUACCUCUCUUUCCCUGAUACUAUCCUUGUUCCAAAUACAUCUAACUAUCCACCUCAACCAAUGACCUGCUCUCCUCUUCUGCAUUUCCUUUGUUCAAUUUGUUCGUCUCCACCGCUCUGUUUAGUUUUUCCUUAUUUCCUCUCCUCCCCUCCACCCCUCCUGUCCUCCUGUUAAUGUGUUCCAGCAAACAAAAAUGAAACGACUUAAUGGAUAAUUUGGCAAUCCUCGUACCUCUCUGAUAUCAAGGUAGACCUAUCGUGUUGCCUUUUCCCCUUGCUGCUAAUAGCCAGGAACAUUUUGCUGGAAUCCCGGUGUCUGUACGCAUGUGUGAGUGUGAGCAUGCUACCGUGUGUGUACACUAAUGUGUGUGUGUGCGUUACACUAAUCGGUUCCAAACAGAGGAAGUAAUUAACUAUCAGUAAUUAAGGGUGGUGCGAGGGGGACCCUGAUAAAACAAGCAAUUGAACCAUCCCCUGUGACCAGGAAUAGGGUCAGAGCCACUUAACACAUCACACAGAUUUACUCCUGAACAGCAGCACACAGCGAGGGGUAGGAGAGGAGGGAGAGGGGGGAGAGGAGGGAGAGGGGGAAAAGAGGGAAAUAGGACUUUAAAAUGGAAAUUGAAGUGUGUUGUUUGAUCUGCUUCCCGUUGUUCAGGGUUUACUACUAGCUUAACUCUCUGUUCCCUCACCGGGGAUCUAUGUCUCAGACAGAUCAGUCAGCUAAAUGACUUUCCUAAAUGUCCUGAACAAAAAAUGAUUACCUAGUUAUUAUAGAAAGAGGAACUUGAAAACAUACUGACAUACUGAACUGAUUAUCUGUGUCUGUUGUCAUGCAGAGGGACAUUAUCAACGUUGACCAUGACUUUCUUUUGUGAAGGUAUAACGCUAUUUCUUAUUCUUGUUGUUAUCCAAAACUACACGCUAUGUUUUGGGAGAGGUCGCUACCAAGAUGAGGACCAAAGCUAGUGAACACUACAGAAGGUGCUUUCCACGAUCCAAUCUAAUUGAAUGCAUAAUGCCAGUAAAUAUCUCAUGGAUGAAACAGUCAGUAUUUAUCCAAUAUUUAUCACCGCCUGAUAUGAAUACUGUAAGUGCAGUUUUGUGCAUGUUACAUGGUCUACAAUGUUAUAUUUUAUAUUCCGUAUAAGCAUUGUCUAAUGUGAGAGAUUAUCCACCUGGCUAAUAUUGAUACAUGCCAUACAUCUCAACUUAUCCUCAGAUGUCCUAUGUUAUUGCUUUUAUAUGAUGGACUAUAUGAGCGUACUACAUGUGUUUUCUUUCAAAGGUAACUACACGUGUAGCACGCUCAACCAUUGAACAAGGUUUGAAUAAGGGAUUUGUGUAUAUUUCAGUGUGUAUGUGUUGGAUGGAGUGUGGUACAUACAUUAGGUUCUAGAGUUUCUAGAACCACAUACAGUAGAUCAGUGGUACAUAUAUGAGACUAGGUUCUGGUGAUGGUAUGGUACGUUUUGGAGCCUGUGUGUGAAUGUGUUGUUAAGUUGCGUGUUUUGUACCCAGCGUUGUGAUGCAGUCACUGUCCUGCUAGCCUGUCUACCCACAGCCAGAGAUGAGAACAGAGUUUAUAAAGAGCCUUGUAGAAACUUAAAGAAACCUUUUUCACCCAUAACUUGUUUUGUGACGAGAUCACUCAAUAAAAGGCUUUAUGUGA